UACCCGAAAUUGUCGGCACUGAUGCUUUAUCUCGAUGCAUCUGAUUACAAGCAGUUUAGCUUAGUAGGUGAUCCAGGGCCAUCUCUAUUUAUACUACCUCACGGCCGCAUUGGAGACCAGAUGGUGAGCCAGGUAAUGGCUUGGAAGAUGUUUCUACAACGAGUAGUAGCCCGAUCGGAUAAGUCACAAAGCUGGCUUGGAACUUCUACAUUGCAGUCCCCAAUGCAAAUGAGCGUGGUAGAGCCAACAGAACAAAAGCUCAACAUGGUUCACAACCCAGUGGGCGUUGUCAUGGACGCCAUUUUAAAAGAGUUUCAGCAGACACACUGUGGUAUAAGCCACGAAGUGAAGCUGAGGGUCUUGGAGGAACUACAUACCAGCCCAUAUCAGCCAAAACUCGAAAUGUUACUAUCUUGCUGCCAAUCCGAGCGUGAUUGGCAGGAGGCUGUAUGCGACUCAUUCCAACACCCAAUCAGCUCAGAAAACAAGCAUGAUAUUUGCGUUGCCAUCCACAAAACUUGGAAACAGCGAACGAAACUUCGCCUUUUCGUUGAUCAGCGGGGGCUAUUUGAUGUUACCGACGAAGGACCGCCGAUAUCAACGUAUGACCAUACAGAAGAAGGGCUCAAUUUAUUACUCGAUAAAAACGCAUUUCGGCCUAUUAGCCCUGGAGCCUAUCUCAGAGGCAUUGUCAUAGAAAGGUUUGACCAUCGAGAAAAGACGGCUUUGGCCCUGGCCCUGGCUAGGUGUUUAAUGGUAUUUUUCGAUAGGAGCCUUGAGCGAGCUUCUUGUAACUGGUCGGCGGAAAACAUUUUUUUCAUGCGCUCUUCUCAGCCUUAUGGAGAGCUUCCACGCUGGCAUAUUUUGGUAGGGUCACAACCUUCCAGCUUCAAUUAUCCCAGCUUCCUUCAUAGAGUUGUUCCUGGAAAUCCGGUCUUAUUAUCCUUUGCAAAAUUAUUAUUGGAGAUUAUCAAUGGCGAAAAGAUACCUCUUGACAUUGACUUACAGAAUAUUAACAAGAACAUUGGAAACUGGGCUCAAAUGUGUAGCUACGUGGAAGAGGCACGACAGGACGGAAACAGUUUCUACCUCCAAGCUGUGCAGGGGUGUCUAUACCUUCAUAUGCAUUUACAAAAAGACGACAACUUACAAAAUGUCAAUUCAUCCGGCGCUGCCAUGAGAGAGGUCAUUUACGAGCAGAUCGUCCGAAACCUCGAGAAAGAGCUGAACCCCGAUGGACUUAAGCGGAAGCGGCGAGGAUCCUUUUCUGAGCGCCCCAAUCUGAAGAGAUUGCAUACAGAUGAGCCUUUGGAAUCGACGAAUAGACAUUUGCGUUCAAUGACUACAACCACAAGCGCAGCAACUACAGCUCCGCCAAGACGUGAAGACUUCAAUGUAGCCGUUAUAUGCGCCAUUGUCACAGAAUACAACGCUGUUUGUCAAAUAUUUGAUGAAUUUUGGGACGAAGAAGGAGACCAAUAUGGGAGAGCAGAAGGAGAUCUCAAUACUUAUACCACUGGUCGCAUUGGCAAGCACAAUGUUGUCCUAGCUCUUCUUCCACACAUUGGAAAAUCCAAUGCUGCUGCCGCCGCCGCUAGUUUUAGGUCGAGCUACACGCACGUGGAGUUGGCGCUCCUUGUAGGCGUCUGCGGAGGCGUGCCUCGAGUUGGAGGAUAUGAAGAGGACGAGAUACUCCUAGGUGAUGUUGUGAUAAGCAGGGCCGUUGUCCAAUAUGACUUUGGCAGGAAAUAUCCUGAAAAGUUUAUUCGCAAAAAUACCUUUGAAGACAACUUGGGCAAAGCGACAAAGAAUAUUCAGAGCCUGCUUAAAAACUUUGAGACCGACCGAGGCCUAAGCUUACUUCAGAGCCAGACAGCUCAAUUCCUUAUGCAGCUACAGAAUAAACGAACAGGUAGGAAAAACAGGUUGCUCAACAAGUAUCGAUAUCCCGGGACAGCCAAAGACAGAUUAUUCAGAUCAGAUUAUCGCCACAUGCAUCGCGGCUUUCAUGGCCACUGCUGCAACAUUUGUGACGACAGUUCUGGCGACGUUUGCGAGGACGCUCUGAAUGCCACUUGCGAGGAGUUGGGAUGUGAAGAGCAUUACUUUGUUGAGAGAGAGCGGCUUCAAGAGAAGCAAGAGCUUGAACGAAACAGUUCCGAGGAUGCUCAAGCACCAUCGAUCCAUCUCGGCGCCGUGGCUUCGGGCGAUACAGUCUUGAAAUCGGGAAGAGACCGCGAUGAGAUUGCGCAAAAUGAAGGCGUUAUUGCAUUUGAGAUGGAAGCAGCAGGCAUCUGGGGAGAGAUCCCUUGUGUCAUUGUUAAGGGCGUCUGUGACUACGCAGAUUCUCACAAGAAUAAGACGUGGCAAGACUUUGCGGCUGCGACGGCGGCGGCUGCUGCGAAGGCUCUUUUACAUAGAUACCCGAAAACAGAAAAGAGUCAGACAUGGGUAGUAGGAUGACUUGGCGAAUUUAUGUAUUCAACAAAUGUUUUAAUUAGUGUAAACGGAUACUUGACACGGGUGCUGGACUACUUUAGCCUUGAAACGCACGAUUUUCCAUUGCAGCUUUCUAAUCCAUACUAUCAGACUUCACGCCCCAGCGUAUGCCUUGCUAUAUUCUCGCUGAGAACUACUUUUUGAACAUGUCUUUCAUCAUUUCCACAGCGGCCUGACCUCCAAUAUCCCCA